AUCAAAAUUUAAAAGUACUGUUUGAAAAGUUUCUCUGCGGAGGCUUCAGAGCGCCACAGACUUCGGGACUGAGCCGUCGGAGGAGGAAUUAGACGUUAAAUAAAUAACCUGUACAUCAUUUCACCGGUGGAAACAACAAACGGAAUACGUUGUUAAAGGAGAGGAGGAUUCGUGUACACCGUCACACGCCGUGAACAGUGACUGAAAACCGUCUCAGGAGCGUGGUUGUGUUUACGUGCUCAUCUGAAGUGUGUAGCUUGACGGUGUUCCCAGAUUAAACCCGCGGAGGAGAGCGUCUCUCUGCGACCAUGGCUUCACACAACCACAGCGGAGUUAAACGGGAGGAGAAGGGGAGAAACAUCCAGGUCGUCGUCAGAUGCAGACCUUUUAACACAGUGGAGCGUAAGUCGUCCUAUGGCGUCAUCGACUGUGAUCAGAACAGGAAGGAGGUGAUUGUGAAGACGGGAGGGAUGAACGAUAAGGCGUCACGAAAGACCUACACAUUUGAUAUGGUGUUUGGUCCGGCUGCCAAACAGAUCGACGUGUACAGGAGCGUCGUUUGUCCCAUUCUGGAUGAAGUCAUCAUGGGAUACAACUGCACUGUCUUUGCCUAUGGUCAGACUGGAACAGGAAAGACGUUCACCAUGGAGGGAGAGAGGAGUCCAGAUGAACAGUUCACCUGGGAGGAGGACCCUCUGGCCGGUAUCAUCCCCAGAACGCUGCACCAGAUCUUUGAGAAGCUCUCUGAGAACGGCACCGAGUUCUCCGUCAAAGUCUCCCUGCUGGAGAUCUACAACGAGGAGCUGUUUGACCUGCUCAGCCCCAGCGAGGAUGUCAACGAGCGGCUGCAGCUUUUCGAUGACCCACGCAACAAGCGUGGUGUAGUGGUGAAGGGUCUGGAGGAGGUGACGGUUCACAACAAAGAUGAGGUUUAUCAGAUCCUGGAGAGAGGAUCAGCCAAGAGGAGGACGGCCUCCACGCUCAUGAACGCCUACUCCAGUCGCUCCCACUCUGUGUUCUCGGUCACCAUUCACAUGAAGGAGAUCACUCUGGAUGGAGAGGAGCUGGUGAAGAUCGGCAAACUCAACCUGGUGGAUCUGGCCGGCAGUGAGAACAUCGGGCGCUCAGGUGCGGUGGACAAGCGAGCUCGCGAGGCGGGAAACAUCAACCAGUCUCUGCUGACGCUGGGCAGAGUGAUCACUGCUCUGGUGGAGAAGAGGCCGCACGUCCCGUACAGAGAGUCGAAGCUGACAAGAAUCCUGCAGGACUCACUGGGAGGACGAACGAAAACGUCCAUCAUCGCCACAGUGUCGCCUUCAUCCAGCAACCUGGAGGAGACUCUGAGCACGCUGGAGUACGCGAGCAGAGCCAAGAACAUCAUGAACAAACCUGAGGUCAACCAGAAACUCACCAAGAGGACGCUCAUCAAGGAAUACACAGAGGAGAUUGAACGUCUGAAGCGUGACCUGGCCGCCACUCGAGACAAGAACGGAGUUUACCUGUCUGCGGAGAACUACGAGGGUAUGAUGGUUCAGAUCUCCGCUCAUGAGGAGCAGAUAGUAGAGUACACUGACCGGAUCGCUGCCAUGGAGGAGGAGCUCAGGAAGGUGACUGAGCUGUUUGAGGACAGUAAAACCAGACUGGAGCAGUGCACUGUAAACCUGGAUGAGAAGCAGCAGAGGCUGGAGGAGACGAGCAGAGACCUGCAGCAGACCAAACAGAAGCUGAGUCAGGAGGAGUUCAUCUGCUCGGAGCUCACUUCAGUCCAGGAAACCCUGUACGACACUGCUGGACAGCUGCUGACCACAGUGCACGCCAGCACCAGUGAUGUAUCAGGUCUCCAUGACAAGCUGGACAGGAAGAGAAAGGUGGAGCAGCACAACAGGCAGAUCCAGCAGAGUUUUGCUCAGCGUAUGGAGGGAGCGUUCAGCGCCAUGCAGCGCUGCGUCCAGCAGCAAGGAGCCAAACACCACCACAUGCUGAGCAGCUAUUCACAGGCCGUCGAUGGUUUGCUUGUGAUGAACGAGGCGGCCCUGAAUGGAGCUCUGACCACCGUGGAGUCCUUCGUGGGUGGAGUCGGACAGCUGGUGGCCGAGGGCGUGGCUCGCUGUCAGGAGAGAGUGCAGCAGCAGGAGACGCUGUGUCUGCAGGACAAGGAGAGUCUGCUGCAGCUGCUGGAGGAGCAUCGGCAGGACAUGGAGGAGGUCUUAGUGGUUCGGACUCUGAUGGGUUUAUCAGCUGUGAAGGAGCUCAAUGACUCUCUGAGAGCGUCGGUGGAGACGCAGCGAGCUCUGGCCGACAAGGUGGAGGCGAUGAAGGAGAUGGGUGUGUUUUUCAGUGGCCUGGUUCAGCAGCUGUCGGGGCUGCGUGAGGCCACCGUGCAGAGUCUGAGCGCCCUGCAGGCUGAACACCACAAGCUGGAGGACGAGAUCCGACAGGCUCAGGAGAGACAUCAGACGGGUAUGAAGCAGACCAUCCAGUGUCUGCAGGACCAGCUCAACCUGCUGACCAUGGAGACCCAGAGGGACUACACAGACCUGCGCUCGGCCUCCAGAGCUCUACAGAAACCUGUACAGAGCCUCCAGGAGAACAUCAGCAGUGGCUGCAGUACAAUAGAGCACCAGGCCUUGACCCAGGCGGACCUCCUCUCCUCCUCCUCCUCCUCCCUCGCCUCUUCGCUGCGACUGAACGCCGACGAGAGCCGGCAGACGGUGGAGGAGCUGACGGACUGCUGCUCCCACCUCCACAGCUCUGUGUCCGGUCUGGUGGAGCGUGACCUCCAGUGGAGCGCCAGAGCCAGAGAGCACGCAGAGACCCGAGCCCAGGAACACCUCUCUCUGAUGAGGAAGAGUUCCACUGAAGCUCAGACCCUGCACCAGAGCGUCGCGACGUGCUGCACCGAACAGCUCCACAAAGCCAGGGACGAGCUGUCGUGCCGGCAGGAGGAGGCGAAGCGUGCUCUGAUGGCCAUGCAAAACCAGACCUCCCAGGACCGGACUGUCCUGGACCAACAGCGGGCUGAGCUACAGGACCACAUGGAGACAAACCAACAGCUGGUCAGCGGCUUCCUGCAGGAUGAGCUGCAGCAGGAUGUUUCCACUGGUGCCACCCCUCAGCGUCGGGAGUUUGUGUAUCCCAGGCAGCUGGUGAAGUCGCGGCGCCGCAGCGAGCUGCUGGAGAGCCUGAGGAGGCAGCAGGAGGAGCUGCAAGCCGCAAUGGAGGAGGAGGAGCCAGAGGAGGAGGACAAACACAGCCAGGUUGACCACGACUCUCUGGAAGAUGAGCUGAGUACCUGUAAUGAAAGUUUGGCCACAGAGCCGUCCUUCAUCGACGAGAACCUCGUCUUCAACGAGAGCAAACGCGUUCCCUUCUUCAAGCAGAAAAAAGGUGGUAAGAAGGAGACAAAGAUCCCCACCAGGCCAAAAGGCUCCGAAAAUGAAGCUGCAUCAACGCCUCAGAAAUCCAGACUGCCACUCCGCUGCCAGAACUAAAUCUGUUAAAAUAUACCUUUAAAUUCUUAUUACUGCUCAGCUCUUUCUAACAUUGUGAAUCUCUUUGUCUUUUAAACAUUAGGAUGCUGUCUCAUGAACUGUCACUUGUUUUAGUACCAUAGUUGUCUCAACAUUGUCGGGUUGCUUGUAAAAUUAAAGAAGUUUAUACUUGU